CUGGCCUGCCUGCCAGAGAGGGGAGUCGAGAGCUCUGCUGGGAACUACAUGGUGCUCAAUUUUUCAAGAUGUCGUCGCUGGAACAGAGGCUGUCGCGAAUCGAAGAGAAACUAAAGCAGGAGAAUGAAGAAGCUCGCCGGAGAAUCGACCUCAACAUCGACAUGAGUCCACAGCGGUCACGACCGAGGCCGAUCAUCGUGAUCCAGCUCAGUCCUGCUCCAGCCCCUUCCCAGCGUGCAGCGCUCCAGCUGCCCUUGGCUAACGAUGGAGGCAGCCGUUCGUCAUCUUCAGAGAGCUCGCCUCAGCACCACCCGUACCCCAGCCGCCCACGACACAUGCUAACCCUGCCCACGCCUCCGUAUGGCCUACAGAAGAGCCUAGAGAAUGCCGAGAUUGACCAGAAAUUGCAGGAGAUCAUGAAACAGACGGGUUAUUUGAAGAUCGACGGGCAGCGGUAUCCAGCAGAGGUAACAGACCUGUUUAGCGAGGGGGAGAUCGGCAGCGGGACUUGUGGACAAGUCUUCAAAGUGCGAUUCAAGAAGACGGGCCAUGUCAUUGCGGUCAAACAAAUGCGUCGCACGGGAAACAAAGACGAGAACAAGCGGAUCUUGAUGGACCUGGACGUGGUGCUGAAGAGUCAUGACUGCCCUUACAUCAUCCAGUGCUACGGCGCCAUAGUGACCAACACGGAUGUAUUCAUCGCCAUGGAGCUGAUGGGAACUUGUGCUGAGAAGCUAAAGAAGAGAAUCCAGGGUCCCAUCCCAGAGCGAAUCCUCGGAAAGAUGACAGUGGCAAUAGUGAAAGCGUUGCUGUACCUGAAAGAGAAACACGGCGUUAUCCACCGGGACGUCAAACCCUCUAACAUCCUGUUAGACGCUAAAGGUCAGAUUAAACUGUGCGACUUCGGCAUCAGCGGACGCCUCGUCGACUCUAAGGCCAAGACCCGCAGCGCCGGCUGUGCUGCCUACAUGGCACCUGAAAGAAUAGACCCUCCAGAUCCCACCAAACCUGACUAUGACAUCCGGGCAGACGUGUGGAGCCUCGGCAUCUCUCUGGUGGAGUUGGCUACAGGACAGUUUCCCUACAAGAACUGCAAGACAGACUUUGAGGUUCUGACCAAAGUGCUGCAGGAGGACCCUCCUCUACUGCCUCUCGGCAUGGGUUUCUCCCUCGACUUCCAGUCCUUUGUCAAAGACUGCCUCACAAAGGAUCACAGAAAAAGGCCAAAAUACCAUCAGCUGCUGGAGCAUAGUUUCAUCCGGCGUUACGAGGUGCUCGACGUAGACGUGGCUGGUUGGUUUCAGGUGGUGAUGGAUCGCACCGAGUCGCCUCGCAGCAGCCAGUGUUACAGCCAUCAGCAUCAACUCCACUCGCUCUUCAGUAGGUAGCCUAGCCUCGACCAGCCUGGCGUCAGCUUAGCCGUACGCUAGACUAGCCUAGCUUUAGCUUUGCCAAGCCCAGACUCAGUCUAUUCUAGUCUAGCCGUCCGCAGCUACGCCAAGCGCUACACCCAAUCCCGUCUGUCCAUCUGUCCCCCGGAGAAGAAGAGACCUGAAGAUCCCACAGAGGAGGGAGGCACGAAGACUCAGUGCGAUGGAGCGACAGAGGGAUGGAUGGCUGAUGCAGGUGGUUCUGGUUAUUAGGGUGCUGAAUCUGGACAGACAGACACGGGGUUGGGGGGGGGGAUGCACGCUGUAGUGAGCUUCAUUUGGUUUAGACACUGUUAGCACUCACCACGCUAUCAUCACAACACAGUGUGUGUUGCAGCCAGACACUCACAUACAAACUGUGGGUGUAGCUUGUAUAUGCUUUUACAUUUUCUCCUCUUUUCAGUAGUUUUACACACACGUCUGUCUGUCGCCGACAUUGAUCCAAGCCAUUGGAUUCGUAAACAGAGUAGUCACUACACACUGGAACAAAGCAUCUGCUACUUCAGCAAAAACAAGCCGCUCUUGUACAUAAACGAUUUAGAGGAAAGAACAAAGUCUGGUGCAAUUAUGAUUCUUCAGGUGUUUCUACCAUCACACAUUCUCAGGCUGUAUCUAUAUGUAGUGUGUGUGUGUGUGUGUGUGUGCGUGUGUAUAUGUCAGUGUGAGCAUUUCUAUGUAUGGAUAACUAUAACGACUCACUCACCGGCUUUUAAUAGUGAGGUUGUAUUUCCUCGUUAAUUCACCUUCACACUACAGCUCUAACACACAAACGAGAACAGUUUAAUCUGUUGGCUGUGCUUUUAAUUUGAAAGGCUUUUGUUGUUUUUGUUUUUUUAAAUAACAUAAUUUUUUUGUGUUGGGGAGAAACAAUGAAAAACACUCACAAAAAAAUUAGCGUUGCAUUUUAGCUUUAUAGAAAAUAAGUCGUGUAUUGUUUUGAAGACGGGUUUUUUUUGGUGAUCGAUGCGUGCCGCGAGUACAUCCACACUGACGUUUUUGUUUUAAAAGGUGUAGUUUUUACUACAUGUGCGAUGAACAUCCACACAGCAAGCCUGACUUUUGAAAAUGCAGCUGACCCAGUUUUACUUUGAGAACUCCUGCUGUAGUGGAUCAUGCUCCGUAAUGUCACACUAUUGGCUUUGCAACGACCUCCAGUCUAUAGCCCAGGUUCACACACACACAUUUGGCUGUUAACAGGUCUGUAAAUUAGGCAGCAGGGUAUGAUGAGGUACCUUCUGAUUUGUCAGACAUAAGCUGGAACUUGCAAAACUAAUCAGGAACUAAUCAGAGUUCAGUUUAUUUAGGCAUUUAAAACACUACAAAAAGCUGCCACGUGUCAUUCUUUUAUUUGUACUUUCAACAAAAGCAAAAAUGUAACUAAUUAUGAGCCAAUUUUAAAAAUCCAAACAUGCACAAAGUUUGGAAAGACACAAAGAGUGUGGUUUGUAAUGGAGAGCCCACUUCCAAUCAAGCUAGGUUGUAGUAGACCCUGUGCAUGAAUGUGAACAGUACAGGGAGAAGCUUGGAAACUGCGACAGUCUCUUGUGUUACGUUCAGAAGCCGUCUCGCCUCAUUCGUCCAAGCGGAAAAGUUUCUUGCUGUUGGCUUUGUUGCUCUGGAGUAUUUUCCUGAAGCUACCGGCCCUUUGCUUCCUGUUUACACUGGCACGCUUGUUCACGUUGUAUGCGAAAUAUCAGCGUUAUAUAGUGUUACAGGCGUGUUUAGUGUAGACGGAGAUUUUUAAUGAAAAACGCCGUUUUAAAAUGAAACGUAUUAGUGUGGAUGUAGCUUGAACUUCUUCUGGAAGGUUGAAAGAUUUAAUAAAUGUUAUAAGAGAGAGAGCAGCUGGGUGAUUUUAAAAAAUGGGAGCGUUUUUGGGGUUUUUGUACAGAGAAUUUAAAAGGUGUAGAUCUUAUGACCUGUGGAGCAUUUCUUUACUUCACUCUCUGUUCGUCUACCUCUUCCUUUUUGUCCACCUCUCUGCCUCCGUAGUGCUCCACAGUGUUCUUAGACCAAAGGCUGCGUGUGGGUUGUUGGCGAAGGCCGAGAGAUUUAGAUUUGCUCUUGCAAACCUUCAGAUAUUAAGAAUCCACGGAGGAGAGUCUGAGCAGUGCUGGUGUGUUUUUUAGGAAGCUAAAACUGUCAGGCUGGGGCCUGUAAUUCCAUUUUGUUUAUAUUGGAUCGUUAUCCUGUUUUUACCGAGCUUUUGGAUAAAUAUCAAUGAUAUGCCAUUCAUUUCUGCUGAUUUAUCUGAGUAAUUUCUUUUUCCCCAAUUCUCCUUUUAUUCUUCAGCUGCACAGUGGAUUACUGGACUGAUUUGGUUUCAUUAUUAUAUACUGAGACCAAGAAAGGCAGCAAAUUGUUACAGUCAAGAUGUAAAAGAUGACUAGGAGGUGGAAAAAAGAGGAGUUGUUACCUUUUGCAGAAUUACUUUAAUUGAUUAGGUAAAAAAAUCCCCAUUCAAAAAAUUUUUUUUCUUUUUUCACUCCAUUUAUUUCUACAAAAGAAAACAGGCUGACCACUGGCACGUGAGUUACAGUUUGAGAACCCAGCUUAAAGGAUGUGUGUACAUAGACUGUGUAAACGUGAGUGCAGGUCUACAUAGGCCGACUGAGCAGAGCGCUAAUAUCUCCCUUCUUGCGGGACCACAGCCAAAGCAUGAUGUUCAGACUACAUCCCACAAACACCAAAUCACUGCUAGACAGAACAGAGGAGAGGCGAUGACGGAGAGGGGGAAACGCGAAGUCAGAGAGACGGAGAGGGGUCCGGGAAUGUUGUCAAGAUGGUAGAAAUGAGUGUGGGGUGGGCCAACGUGAGGUGACGAGGAGGAUAAAGAAAGCGUGGUGGCAAGUUCAAGGAAAGUCGGAGACAAGCUGAGUGACAGGAAGUAAGUGUAAGAGAGGAAGCAGUUUCACACAGGAGUGCUGAGCUCUGAGGCUAGCUGUUUGUUUUUGUUUGUUUCGGGGGGGGGGGUUUGUAAAGAGCUUUCAUGGUGUUACGCCAACCUACCAAUUCUGAUUUUAGCGAUUUAGCUUGUUGCGUUUGUGACAUUUACUGUUCUGUUCGGACUGUUAUUUAUUUGCAUUGCUGCUGCUGCUGCUACUGUUUUUUUAUUGCGUUAGACGCUGCUGUCACUUCUUUUCCCCAAAGGACAAAUAUUUUAUUCUUGUUCUUUUAAGCCAAAUAAGUGAAAUAAUGCAAUGUCGAUACACGUGUUACCAAAAAAAGCAAGUUGAAGAGAGCAAAAGCAAGUGAGAGAAGCUUGGAUAGAUUAGAGAAGGAAGUGCAGAAAGGUUGGCUUCACGCAAGUACUAACUCACGCCUCACCUCAAAUGUACCUCUUGUGUGUAUUGAAAGCAGUUAAUUGUCAUAUCCUGAUGCCACACUACACACUACUACUCUGUACAGUGUAGAUAUGAUUUGGGGGUUGGGGCGGGUCUGUCUGUCUGUCCAGAUGCUUUGUGCCACAUCCAUCCAACACUCUGUCCAUCCACUCCUCCAUCUGUCUGCAGGUCGCCUGCAAGCUUGACAACCUUGAUAGUUCACACCAAAGGUGACCACAACUUAACAAAAAGACGAAAAAGCGUUGUUGUUAUCAUUAUGAGUCUUGUUAUUGACAUUAUAAUUGAUUACUCUUAGCUAUGAUUAUAUAUGAAAUCUCUCUAGCUAGUGGGAGAGGAUGUGUGUGUAUGUGUGUGUGUGGGGGGGGAGUAGUAGUAUGUCCCAUGUAUGUGUCAUAUACAGUACAGAGGGAGACUGGUGCAAUAAUACAUGACCAGCUGGCUCAAACUCACCGCGGGCCUGGGUCAGGAACUGAGCUCACCUGACUCUUGGCAUCACUAAGCACCUGAAUGUUAGCCGUUCUGGAUAAGCGGUGUCACACCGCUGCUACACAACUGGCUCUGUUAGCUCUGGGCUUACCGAUCUGAGUAUGUCCUCUUCAGUCAAGUUAUUGAAGCCGCAAAAAAGGUGUUAAAGGUUAAGAGGUAUACCGUUAAUGUAAAACAUUAAAAGUGACAUAUUGUGCUCAUUUCUAACUCCAUAUUUUUAGUAAGAGAAUCAACUAGAGUAGCUUUGCACGAUUCAGCCCCAGCAUAGAUUCAGCUUCUAAGCCCCACCUCCUUAUAACCAUAUAAGGAAAUAUGUUCCGAGCUGACAUCAGAUAUGUAGGAAAGUGAUUAUCCAGUGUUACAGUAUCUGUGUAAUGCAGAAAAUAAAGCAUAAUGGGAAUUGGAAGCACAUAUUUCCUUACUUGGCUAAAAUAAUCCUGAUAAUUUAAGAAGACUCAUCAACACAAACUGAAAUUAAUGUUUGAUUUAUAACCAAUAUUCUCACACACGGACCUUUAAUGUCGUGUACAGAUGAUGCUGCGUCUUUAAAAUACACUUAUUGAUCAUUCAGACCCAAUCAGAGUCUUUCUUUAGUUUUUAUCUGUAGAUGCUGAUUGAUUAGGUUGCUGGUUUGGUAAGCUCGCUCUCAAGUUGUUAAAUGUUUCUGAAUGAUGACUCCGGUGUGACCCGAUCAUGUUAAUUAGUCCCAGUUAAAGUUGGGCCAGCUUUGUGAUGCAGAAAAACCCGGCUUGAUCCUGACUCACUGACCCAGGCCUCUGAGCAGAUGUGAGGUGGAGUUGGCCUGACUCCGUUAGUUCAGCCGUUCUCUGGUUUUCAUACGGGCACCGGAUGUGAGCUGGAACUGAUUUCAAGUGGUGCACACUUCCAUACGACGGGUGAACCCCCCCCACCCCCACCCCCCCUUCAAAACUAUUAUAUACAGCCCUGGUUCUGGUGCUCUGCCAUCACAGCAGCCUGAGCUCUUCUCGUCGGUGCAGUUUCAAAUACAAGCUCGGCAGUACACGCCGCACUUCCUAUUCAGCGCUCAGUGUUCAAACUGUGCGUGCAUGCGUGUGCCUCGGCUAACUCGUGAUAAAGCUGGACCCAGUCUCCCGCUGUCGAGGUUCUCUGUUAUUAAGCUGACAUGUAUUUCACAAACACGCGCACACACUUGCCGACCGUGCCGUUGGUGUGCAUUUUCACUUGGUUGGCUGACGGUGCCACACACCACCUAUAAAUCCUGUCACAUGUAAUUGCUUGUAUGUGUGUUUGUGUGAGAGUCGGGGGGGAAUUAAACAUCUGAUUACUAAACUAGACACACACACACACCAAAUGUAUAAAGUUAUCCCAUUCUACACAGCAAUGCUGGCUACUGCCAAUAGUGGCUUUAUGUGUAUAUUAGCUUGUGAGGGAGUCUGUGUGUGCGCGUGUGCGUGUUGUAACCCCAUCUGUAAGUAAACCAAAUAUCAUUUUCACUAUGCAGUCAUUCAAACCAUGUCAGCUUGCUUCAGAUUUGUUUGUUUUUAAAAUUUGUUUUCAUCUGGUGAGGUGAUGGGGGGAGAUGCUUCGUGUACAUACAGAGUUGGCAUCGAUGCAUUUUUAAUUUUUAAUUUUUUUCCCCCCUUCUCGAGCUCCGCCACCCUCCCUCCCUGUGUGAUUAAUAUCACCGGCUUCAGCGAGAAAGCAAGAGAGAUGUUUUGAAUGAGCUGACAAAUAUUUAAGGAAUGUAUUGGG